CUGGAAAGCCCCCCAACUAUCGUCAGCCAAGCUAAUCUGUGCUUGUAUACCGACGGCAUCUCAUCGUAGAAUACCUGCAGCUGCAGCGAAAGCUUGCUUACGCCUGGGCUGCUCGUAUCCCGCUGCGUUCGCUACCGCCUGACAGCCGAUUGCCCCCAAGUUCGGCAGUGAGGAAUUAUCAACAUUCUGUUUUCAUACUGACCGAAUCUUGGGAUUUCAACUCAUCUCUGAUACCCGCACGCACUGUCACCUCAUCGCAACUUCAAUCGACCGUAGGGAAAGUUUCCCAGCAUGCAGCGUCACCAGCGCCACUCGCAAGCCCAGCAGAACGGGUUUAUCUCUGAACCUGUCUUUGGCGGCGGUCAGCCUCAACAACAGCCAUAUGGUGCGGACCCCUUUGCGCCUUCCGGGGGAUAUUCAGACCCUUUCCAGCAGAAUUUUCCUGCGCCGGAACAACAGCGUCAACACCAGCAAAAUGGCUCCUAUGGAUAUCAGUCUCAGUCGUACGAGCACACACAGAGUCCGCCGCGGCCUAGCCUUGGAUAUGGCACCACUAAUGCGAGCGGGGAUACUUCAAGCCUGUUUGGAUCCAAUGCUCAAACUGGAUUGGCAAAUGGACGCGAUCCUUUUGCCGCACCUGUACAAUAUGGUCAACCUCCGUCUGUCGCACACCCCUCAUCGUCCACCGGAGCGGCAUUCAAGUCACGAGCAGGCUCUCUCGUCCCCUCAUACAACGAUCCCGUCAACAAUGCCACUACGGCGACGGCAUCCUUCUUUGAUGAAUUCGGCGUAGCUGACGCAGCGCAGCCUAGUCCGGGAAAUACUCGCAGCAAGAAGAUCAUGGAUGUGUUUGAUUUUGGAGCAGCCGCGAAGCCUCUACAAGCCCCGAAAGCAUCCGUCGCGGCGAAACCGGCUCCUGGCGCUAUACCUCCCAGAGCCCCGCCCGUAGCGAAUAGUCAGUCCUCGGGCCACCGCGGACCGUCGCACGAGCAGCCAACGGCGACUCAAAUCAAGGCUUCACCUCAGCCACCAGGCGGGAGAAGAAUAAGCAACUCGAGCUCAUCAUCUCAUCAUGUUUACCCUCCACCGCCAAUGACGGAUGUUUUCGAGAAUGCCGUGAACACCAAGCAGACGGAGUCGUGGAACCACAGCGGCUCCAUGCCGGCAUCUCGAGCUGCAUCGCGAAAACCCUCAGCUGUGGCUAUUGCUGACACAGGAAGGGGACAGGAGCCGAAUGCGAACUUGUCAGUCAAUCUCUCGAAAGGUACCUCGCAAAAUUUCUCGCGAGCGGCGUCCGCGUCGGAGUUCGGGAUGGGUGGUGUUCAGAAUCCUGCGAGCGCAUGGCAAACCACCAACGCUUCCCACAAUGCAUCGCGGAAGCCUUCAGCUGUCGACGUCUUCCCUACCUCCGAACAGAGGCCAACUGCACAUAUUGAGCAGAACACUGAGGAAGCGCGACAAGAGUCUGAUGAAAAUACUGGCUUUGCUGGGUUCGGGCAACAGGCGAUUUCUGUCGAGCCUUUCGGGUGGGGAGAUAAUACGGCGGGAGGCAACGCUUCAUCUGAUGCAGCAAUACACUCUGGCAAUACUCACUAUGGAGGGGACGAUUUCGGGUUAGCCUCUGGUGGAGGUCAACAAGCUGCCCCUUUCGCCGUCGAAAUGCCCCCCGUUGAUCCGCACCCGUCUACAACGCUGCGUCGAGAGCAACCUGCUGCUGUCAGUGACUCCUUCGGCGCUCCGCCACCCAUUGAAAUGCAUUCGUCUACAACGCAGUCUGAACAGCAGCCUGCCGCUUUCAAGGACCCCUCCGGCGCUCCGCCAUCCGACUCGUUUACAAAGCAGUCCCAAGAGCAUCCUCCUGCUUCCAAUGACCCCUUCGGUGCUCCGCCACCGGUUGGCAGAGCUCCUUCAGCCCGGGCCUUCGGUAAUACGGCAUCCUCUGGUGAUCAUACAAGCGUUCAACCACCUUUUACGCAGACUGCUUCGACCACAAACCUGACUACGGAACAAUUACACCCAGCGGAACCUCCAAAGGCGCCCACUUCCGUUCAAUCUACACCGGCGCCUUCUGCUUUGCCCCCACCUCCGAAGUCAGGGAACUCUACUGCAACUCCACAGCCCACUGUAGCUGUUCCGCUUCCACCUUCUUCUUUAGCGAAGCCCGUCGAUGUUCCUACCCAGGAGACCGAGGGUGAGGCCGCUCCACCAGUUGGAGCUCCGGAACCCACGCCAACAUCAAAGGCACAUAAUAUCUCCCCACCAUCAGCCAAGCCGAAGAACCCAGUCGCUCAGAAAGCCAAGCCAGUCACGCGCGGACUCGAUAAUGAAAAGCUGAAUGCGAUGAAGCUGUGGGACUGGGCACAGAAGCCAACAAAGUCCGGGUCCGGACAACAGGCCUCCACAGCUGGUAGCGUGUCCCCGGCGGCGCCGCCGAGCGUCGGUUCAUCAACUCAGGAGCAUCAUGGGGUGAAGGAGGCUACGGCAUCGAGUAGUGCACCUUCUUCGACUGUACCACUUCAGUCACAAGCACCUCCUACCAACACCACUAACUUUGCAGUAGACGACGUCUUCAAGGCUGAGCAAUCUCCACGGUCUCAACCGGAAGAUCUCGGCGACCCGAGAGCCGAGUUCGAAGCAAAUACUACACAAACAACUCAGCCCGCUGCGGAUUUCAACGAGUUCAAUUCAGGAGAAAAUGUCAGUUCGCAUCAUCAAGUGGACCAGGGUCUAUUUGACACGGCCUCGGAGCCCGCUCCAACUGAAAGUACCCUUGCUCCGCCGCAAAGCUCUUACGAUGCAUUUGUUUCUCAGCCAUUGCAUGGCGAUGCUUUGGGCUAUGGACAGUACAAUUUCGCAGGUACUGGCAUUGCGGACGUGCAGUCUGGUUCAGGCGAGGAAACCUCUGACUCGACCUGGGACACCUUAGGCGACUUUGCGGCCACUGGCUUUGCUGGUUAUGGAAACAACAACGACUUCGGGUCCACUCCUCUCGUCGAUAGUAGUUCCGUCGAGCAGCAAACAACCGCUCAUGAGGAGACUCAGCCGCCUACUGAUCAGUACCAGCAGGAACAACCAUAUACGAAUUACGCUGGUGCUGGUGACGGCGAGAAAAUUGGCGCUCCACACGAUCCUUUCGAUUUCAGCGGUGCUACACAAGCCGAUGAACCAGCGAAGACAGCCGACAGUCUCUUUGGUAACGGCGAGUGGAAUCACGUAACCGAUUUUGGCAACGUGCACCCGGAAACAAAAGUGUCCCAAGAUGACCUGCCUCUAAACACUUUCGCCGCUCCUCCAGCUGCAUCUACCGAACUUUUUGCUGCGGUGCCACAACCAUCGUCCGAGCUUCCACAAGAGGCCAACUUUGUCUCGCCGGACUUUGCGGGCUUUGGCCAGCCAUCCUCUGACCCGUUCGCCUUUGCGGGAACGCAGUCAGCAUUUGAUGCUCGAAACCCGGUGUCUGAGCAAGCACAGCAGCCUCAAGCUGAACUUUCGCAGAUUGGCGAUACUAUCAUGGACCAUUCGUUUGGAGGGUACGACCAGUCCUUCGGUGGAUUUGGGCACAGCUACGACCAGUCGUAUGACCAAAGUCAGCAGUAUCCGGCGGAAGGGCGAAACACUAGUGGUGACAACACGGCUGCGUUGUAUGGGAAUGAUCAUUACGGAGAAGGGGGUUUCGCGAGCCAAGACCAGGCUGCGCCACAGGAUGCGUCUGCGCACGAUUCAUUUGCGUUCACGCAGAACGCGCAAAGAUAUGAGUACGACCGGCAAGGUUACGAGCAACAACCGACCGAGCAACAACCGACCGAGCCAUCGCAGUCUCCUGUCCAACAGCAGCAACCCGACGCUGCCUUCCUUGCUGAUGCCGCUGGUCAGUCGUCGACCGCGCAAAACAUCUAUGACUACAGUUACACCGGAUAUGAACAGUAUCCGUCCUACGACAACCAGUCAGUCAACGCUCCGCCUACCUUCUCUACUCCGGCACCUACGCAAGAUGGUGGUCCACCCCAGGACAAUGCGUUCCCGGCUGCAGAGCAAACCAACAACUACGCCAGUGAUGCGUACUACGGAACCGGAUAUGGUGAUGCAGGGGCGACCGGUCAUUUUGAGAGUCAGGCGGCGGUAGUCGACCCGAAUGGAAGUUUCGCGGCAGCGGACUACUCGCAAGGGUAUGAUGCCAACCACUCGGCUUAUGGCGCGAAUGAUGGCACCCCGCAGUAUGACGCCAGUCAGGCUCAGUAUGGUGCGGGAGACGGCACGCACCAGUACGAUAGAGCCACGUACAAUGCUGAGGGUGCUUUUGCAGCGGGCCAGGAUUACGCAUACGGCAACGACCAAUACGGACAGCAAUAUCCGCCGCCGCAGGAUGCGACUGCUACGUCAACCCCACCGCCCACCUCUAAAGCCGAUGAUCAGUUGAACGCGGGCAACAAUACGUACCCUGAGCUAAAGCCGGCGACUUCGAACACGUCCGUGAACGCACUUCCUUCUCAUCCAAUGUCGCCUGAAUUCGACGGUCGCAGUAGCGUUAGCGUCAACAGCAGUGCUUCCAAUGUUCUGGAGUACAUCGCGUGUCCGAAAUGCUCGAAGCGAAACGACUCUGAAUGCAACUUCUGCGGAAAGUGCGGCACAAACCUGUCUGGUUUGCCUGUCGUCAAUGCUCGCAACGCCGCGGGACCUGGCGCCGUUUCCCUUGACAGUUUCAGUCAGGCUUUCAGACAGUACGGUGCGCCCACUGAAGUGCCGGGCAGGGUUUCCAGCACUGGCCCGAGGAUGUCAACCCCGGCCAUUGUCGAUCGUAAUAAUGUGGCUGGAGUAGCUUUGGCCCCACCGCCUAUGAACACUUCUCCGGGAGGUGUACUCACGCCAAACAUCCGUGGCGGCCCGAAACGUAGCAGAACUCCAGGGUACCAUCCGGCAAGUGCCCCGCUGGAGACCUCCCCCACCACUCUCGCGUACCAAGCGACGGAUGCGUCAGCAGCGUACCCACAGCAACCGUUUCAGCUUUCGCAGCAGCAGAUGGGAAGAGCCUCGCCAGUUCCGGCGUACCCAGUGCAACAAGCUGCACCUGCCGAACCCGCAGGUUUUGAGGACCCUCUAGGUCGCCACCGUGGCCAUUGCGUUGCGGUAUUCGGACCAAACGGGAAACUGUUCACUACCUUCCCGCAACGUCAGACGCGGUACGUCACGGACGCAUACGGGCGCCCCUCGGUGGUGCAGAAGACGUACCCCGGAACGGUCUCCAUCACGCCCAUGUCUCAGGUGGUUAACCCGGCCGUCAUCGAAGGUUACAAGAGCCAUCCUGGCCCGUUGAUUGGUGGAAAGUCGAAGGUGAAGAAGAAGGACGUGGUCAAAUUUGUUGAGGAGAUGGUCAACGUUGUUACUACGGAGAAGCGGUUCCUCCAGGAUGCCGCGAGUGUUAAAGCUAGGGACAGUGGAUUCAUCACUGAGGAUGAGCAGAACGCGGUUUCCGAGAAGGAGGAUGAGGAGCUCACGCUUAGCCUGUUGAAGCUGAUUGUGGAGAACGAUGGUCCUGUUGUUUCUCCGAUCAGCAACCCGGCAGGAGACGCGUCGGUCAAGAAGGUCAUGCAGCUGCUCAGCCCUGCUGACAACGCCACCGCUCUUCAGAAUGGACGACAUGUUGAUCAGAUUCUUGGCGCUCUUCUUUCCUCUGACAAGGAUGCAGCCGUCAACGCAGCUGUUGCUGGAGGGUUGUGGUCACAUGCGCUCUUGAUUGCCAGUAACGUCAGCAAAGACAAAUACCGCGACGUGGUAACUCAGUUCUUGAGGAAUGAGUUUACCGAUGCUGCUAGCGCUACCUCACGGACGGGCAACCUGGGAGGGGCGGGUGAAAAGAGCGAGUCUGCCGCGCUGAGAUUCCUGUACGGAUUAUUUGGUGGCCUCGCUCCUCAAGUCAUCGAUGACUUCUUGCCGGUGUUCGACGGAACGCGCCCGGCUGCUUCGGUCGCUACAUUGGACAAAUGGCGGGAAGUUGUCUGUUUGAUCUUGGCUAAUCGCACUCCGGGAGACCUGAACGUGGUCGCUGCACUUGGUGAUCGGCUGAAAGCACAGAACCGGAACAGCGCUGCGGAGUUUUGCUACUUGUUGGCGAGCAUACCAGGAAUGUUCAACGGUAUCGAUGCUCCGAACGGUCGUGUCGUACUUCUCGGAUCCGACCACAUCAAGAACCCGUCCGCUUUCUUCCUCUCGUCUACUGCGCUUCGCAAAACGGAAAUCUUGGAAUUUGCCCAAACCCAGCACAACUCGGCUGGCAUCUCGAACAGCAUGCCUCACUUGCAAGCGUACAAAGUGCAAUUUGCGUCCGUUCUCGCCGACAUUGGCUUAGUCGACCAAGCGACCAAAUACUGCGAUGGCAUCGAGUCUGUUGUCAAGCAGUACGCCAAGGGAAGUCCUUACUUCCAUCGCACUUUUGGCCUCGCUCUGGGAACUUUGAGUGCUCGAUUAGCCGCCGCAAAGGAAGGUCCCGGGGCGUUGAGCGGUGCGGCCGCGGCCGGAAAGGAAGGGUCCAGCUGGCUCAGCAAGCUUGGAAGCCUUGGGGCUCGGGGUGUUGAGAAGCUCAUGAACAACGCCCUUGGCGAAGCCGAUGUUAGGCCCUCCAGCCCAAGCAACAGCCUUCUCACUCCAGCAGCUGUCGCAGACGGCCGAUUCACUCCUGGACCGAGCUCGGCCCCUAUUCAAGGAAGCCCUCUCGCUGGCAACGCUGGCCCCGGUUUCGAACGCCCCGGAUCCACUCCGCUGCUGAACGAUACCGCGUCCUUCUCGCAACUUGCACAGGCUCCACAAUUCCAGUCGGCCGGAAGUCCCAAUCGAUUUGCGGCCGCGACAUCUCAGACCGGAGCAUCCUACGGUCAAAGCUACCAGGCGUCCGAUGACCUGGGCUAUGCAAGUCAAAACGCAUACUCGACCGCCGAAACCACCACUUAUCCCGCGUACGAUCAGAAUACCACGUUCGGCGCCGAUCAAGCUCAAUACGCAGCAGACCCAAGCGGCCAGCAGUAUGCGGAUGGCAAUCAAUAUGGAGAUUACGGUGCUAGCGGACAGGAGACACAAGGCCAGUAUGACCAACAACAGUAUCAGCAAUAUGGCGAAGCCCCGCAACAACCAGGGCAGGAUCAGCUGCAAAGUUGGGAUGGCGCGUAUGGCCAAACCGGAUACGAGCAGCAGUUGCCAGAGGGCCAGCAAUAUGAUCCGAACUCGUAUCAAAACGGGUACGGACCGGCGGAAGGUGGCGAGGCCCAUAGCCAGCAAGCAAAUGCAAAUGCGUAUGGCGAAGGCGGCUUUGAAGGUAAUCAACAAGGGUACGGUGAUCAAGCCUAUGGGCAAUAUGGGGCCGACCAGGAUCAAAAUCCCAACGCGAGCGGAUUUGCGGAUUACGGCGAGGGGCAAAAUCAAGCUCAGUAUGGAUAUGAGGGUGGUGACGCACAAGAUCCGAACAUCCAACAGGCCUAUGGAGAUUACGGGUACGGUUAUCCCACCGCCGACCAACAACAGUACGGUGCUGUUGAAGGUACUGAGAGCUACGGCGAUCAACAAGCAAACAACUAUGGCACUGGUUUCGGAGCCGAUCCUCAAUAUGCCCAGCAACAGGGUGGCUUUGACUCGUAUGGCCAGCAGCAGCAAGCCGAUGCGGGUGCGCACGACUACGGGACCGACGAAACCGCCGCCCUGCAGGACCCUGCACCGCAACCUCCUCCUCCGGCAUGGGGCCAGUCGUAUUACGACAGCGUGAAUGCCCCGCCUCCUGAUGCUGAAGGCGACAGCAGCUAUGCUGACGAGAAAGUUGGAAGUCAGGCUGCCGUUACCGGGCCAAGCGAGGAGGAUGAUCUGGGGCUGGGCAACAAGACCCGCGGAAAGGGCAAGAAGGCCGACGCGGCCGGUCCUCCACCCACGGCAGGAAAGGGAAAGGCAGCAGCCAUGCCGGACAGUGGAAACAAGGAUGACAAGAAAUCCGAUGAUGGGAAAGACAAGUCUAAAGACGACAAAGACGCCAAAGACAAAGACUCGAAAGCCCCGCAGAAGGGCCUGUUUUCCGCCUUUGGGUCUUUGUUCGGUGGUCGCAAGCGAGGCAGCAGCAGCGAUGAUAUCAGCGCUGGCGCCAAGGACGCCGCCGGAGGUCCUGUGAAGGCCAAUUUGGGAGAAAAGAGCGCGUUCUACUACGAUGAAAAGAAGAAGAAGUGGGUCAAUAAGAACAACGCUGCGGAUGAUGACGACGAGCCGGAGUUGAAGCCUCCACCCAUCGGUAUGCCGUCUCCAGCGCUGCCCAGAACAUCCACGCCAGGAGCUGGUCCGCCUUCCAGUUCCAGUCAGAUCUCACCCACUGACAGCGGAGCGCCAUCGCCUGCAUUGGACGGUGCUCCAUUCAGUGGAUCAGGUGGCAAGCGCCGCGGAGCCCGCAACAAGUAUGUGGACAUCUUUAACCCGGACUCUGGGAAGAACUCGCCUUCCACAUCCAUGUCGUUCAUUCCACCGGCCGGAAUUACGGGAACACCGAAGAUUUUGAAGCCUGCAACGAUGAACCGAAACACCACAUUCUCGCACUUCGGUCAACCUGCGCCAGGCGGUGUUGUCGCGUCCGACCCGAACAACAAACCAAUUCCGGCCUCUGCACUAGCCACUGCCGGAAAGGAAGGACCUCAACAAGCCCGCGGCGCACGGCCACCACCGCAACCCACCCAACCCGUCCGCGCAAACACCACAGCCGUCCCAGCUUCCCACUUCCAGAGACCACCCGCCCUCCCACAAUCGCGCCCUAUACCACCCCAAGCGCAGGGCCGCAGCUUGGUCAGCGGGCCGGGAGUCAACCGGCCCACGGCACAACCGAGACGGACAUCGGAAACGGGGCCUGAUCGGAGGUAUGGUGCUUUGUCGCCUAAGGCGUCGCAUAUGUCGAUGGCUGGGCAAGCUGGCGCCGGUGCGGUGCAGAAACAAGGAGCGCCGCCCGCUGAUUUUUAGAGAUGUGAAGUAGACGAGGGGUCCUCAUAUAGUGAGUGGUGAUGGUGUGUGCACAUCGUCGACAUUUUGGGAAGAUGCAUAUCUAGUUGUUGGGGUGCGCCGUCUAAGACGAGUAUUACGGUCUAUGUCACCUCAAAUAAGGAGGGGGAAACCGGAAAACCGCAAACUGUCUCUUAUAGAUCUCCAUAGCUCAUAAUCUUUUCUCAUGUCAUUCUAUGCAUUGUGGCUUCUAAUCUGAACA